CGCAAACCCCGCUUUUGUUUAUCAUUCCGCCUCUCCAGUCUUGACUUCCCCUCUCUUUCUCUCUUCCCGGCGGGGCGGCCGGAAAUCUCCCCCCAAAUUCAGCUGGUUUCACGGGAGCUAUCGGCCGGUGGAGAGGAAAGGACGAGUCUUGAGCUGGACUUCUUGGCGGAUUGGCUGCUGGCAUUCGCAGGAACUGUGUGUCAGGAGCGGGGAGAUGAGCUGCUUACCGUGCUCCGGUUCCUCGGGGAAGGAGGACAAGAGCUUGGCGGCGCUCUCGCCGAGCCCCCGGCCUGCGGCCAAGGCGGCACCAGUUCGAUCAAAUUCACGUGCUUCGAGCUCCAGGAAGGAAGAUUCUGUACCUGUUCGCAGAGGAGGAAACGCUGCACAUGGCCCGGCACAGAUUUUCAGUUUCCGGGAGUUGGCUGUUGCCACCAAAAAUUUCAGAAGAGAUUGCCUGUUGGGAGAAGGUGGCUUUGGUCGUGUGUAUAAAGGACAUAUGGAAAAUGGGCAGGUCAUUGCUGUGAAGCAACUUGAUAGAAAUGGUUUUCAAGGAAAUCGUGAAUUUCUUGUGGAGGUUCUCAUGCUAAGUCUCUUGCACCAUCCUAAUCUGGUCAGAUUAAUUGGCUAUUGUGCCGAUGGUGACCAGCGCCUCUUAGUUUACGAAUACAUGUUGUUGGGAUCACUGGAAAAUCGUCUGUUUGCAGGCAAGGAACCUCUUGACUGGAAUACAAGGAUGAAGAUUGCUGCUGGUGCAGCGAAGGGUCUGGAGUACCUUCAUGACAAGGCAAAUCCACCAGUCAUAUACAGAGACUUCAAAUCAUCAAACAUUCUUCUGGGUGAAGACUACUACCCUAAGCUGUCUGAUUUUGGGCUUGCAAAACUUGGUCCAGUUGGUGACAAAACCCAUGUAUCAACACGAGUUAUGGGAACAUAUGGAUAUUGCGCUCCUGAGUAUGCCAUGACAGGGCAGUUGACGCUAAAGUCUGACGUUUACAGCUUUGGUGUUGUGUUCCUUGAACUUAUUACAGGCCGCAAAGCAAUCGAUCACACCCAGCCUUCAGGGGAGCAAAACCUUGUCGCAUGGGCUCGUCCACUUUUCAGAGACCGAAGGAAGUUCUGCCAGCUUGCUGAUCCAUUGUUGCAUGGCGGCUACCCGAAAAGGGGUUUGUACCAGGCCUUAGCUGUUGCAGCUAUGUGUUUGCAGGAGCAAGCAGCAUCCCGGCCGCUGAUAGGAGACGUUGUCACUGCACUGUCUUACCUAGCUGCACAUCCUUAUGAUCCAAAUGCGCCUUCCACAAAGGAUUCUAAGACCUGCCCGUCUACCCCAAGGGCAAAGACACACCGACGAACCACCAGUGUUCCUGAUGCUCAACAUGCUGCUGAGUCGCUUAUUUUGAACUUCCCAGACAUGAGGAAGGAGACUGUCAGAGGAGGGGAAUUCGAGAAGGAUCGUACUGAAGGUUCUGGCAGCAGCAGUAGCUCUGGAAGGAACGAUUGCCUGGAUGUCCCGCGACUUCUAUCCGUUCCUAACGGCAAAGUUUGCGGUGAAGGUAAUAACAUUCAGAAGUCCACUGUUAAGGUUGGUGCCCGUGAGAACUAGAAUACAGAGCCGGCCAAAUUCUGCAGGCAUCUUUGAAUGGAUGCAUGGAUUAGACCAUUCUUUCCAUGCUUGCUGUCAAUUUUGCGAGGAAUCUUCGUCGCUUGGCGUGAGUCUUUCUGAAGGGGACUGUUGUCGAGAGUUGAGUACUACCACUGCAACAGGUUUGGUUUUGCAGACCCGGAUAGCCUCAUGCUCCACGGUUGGUUUUUGGUUGCCUCCACGGAACAGUUCAACAAUUCCUCCAGGCUUUACAUGAAGUCUCAUGCUGAUGAAAGGAAGAACUACUCUGUCGCUGAGAUUCAGAGCUUAGACUCUUUAGAGUGUGCAUUUCGAUGAGAAUCUGCUACAUUCUGAAUGUCACCCACACCACAGCUUUCACCUGUGCUGACUAACGAACCCUGCAGUAAUGUGUCAUUGAAGGAUGUGGUUGAGUUUCCUUGUUCUGUUCUUGUAGGAACCACGUGCCGACAGGGCUGUGUCUGUACAUGUUAAUGGGUUGUUUGUAGGAACAAUUGGAUCUAUACCAUUAAAAGAUCCAAACUUUAGAUAUAUACCAUGGACCUCAUAUGUCAUUGACUCAUGUGGACCCACAUGUAAGUGAGAUAGUAAUGGUAUGGAUCUAAAGUGGUGAUCUUUUAAUGGUAUGGAUCCAAAUUUCCCUUGUUUGUAAGUAGAGCUGUUCAUAUAUUUAUUUUUUCUUCUUCGUCGGUAUUGUGUAAUGGGGUGAUUUGCAGACAACAUGUCAGGCGUAGCUCUGUAGUCUGUACAGAAAAAGAAGGUUUGCUUUUUUGUUUGCUUGGUAUUGUAUGUAACAUUGACUCGUCAUAUACUAUUGUACAAAUGGGGAAGAACACUGAUCCUUUGGGUAAGGUGCUGCUUCUCUUCGGUUUGAACUGGAGCGAAUUGGAAUGAGGAAGAGGGGAGGGGAAACCCCCCAAG